AUGUCUGGGAGCUUUGCCUCGCCGUCCGCAGAUGCGACAAUCUCGCCGCAACUUUUCGCGCCGGCCGGCCUCGUCGCCUCCGUUCUCGAUGGCUUCACCAUCUGGAAGCUGAUCCUGACGCUGUUCGUUGGAGCCGUCCUUUACGAUCAGUUCAAGUACCACUACCUCAAGGGCAACAUCGUCGGUCCUGCCUACAAGAUCCCGUUCAUGGGCCCCUUCCUUCAGUCUGUCAAUCCCAAGUUCACCGAGUACAAGGCGAAAUGGGACAGCGGCGAGCUGAGCUGUGUCUCCGUCUUCCACAAGUUCGUUGUGAUCGCCUCCACCCGUGACAUGUCCCGCAAGAUCUUCAACUCUCCCGGCUACGUCAAGCCCUGCGUCGUGGAUGCUGCGCACAAGCUGCUCGGCAAGUCCAACUGGGUCUUCCUGGAUGGCAAGGAGCACGUCGAGUACCGCAAGGGUCUUAAUGGCCUGUUCACCCGCCAGGCUCUGUCCUGCUACCUGCCCCGUGCUGAGGAGGUCUUCGACGAGUACUUCAAGCGCUUCGUGUCCAAGUCCGCCGCUACCAACCACGCCCCGACUCCCUGGAUGCCCGACUUCCGUGAGCUGAUGACUGCUCUCUCUUGCCGCACCUUUGUUGGCUACUACAUGUCCGACGAGGCCGUCCAGAAGGUUGCCGACGACUACUACCUGAUCACUGCCGCCCUCGAGCUCGUCAACUUCCCUAUCAUCCUGCCCUUCACCAAGACUUGGUACGGCAAGAAGGCCGCUGACAUGGUUCUUGAGGAGUUCUCCAAGUGUACCGCCAAGAGCAAGGCCCGUAUGGCUGCCGGUGGUGAGAUUACCUGUAUCAUGGACGCCUGGGUCAAGGCCCAGCAGGACUCUGCCAAGUACCGUGAGAAGAUCGCCCAGGGAAUCCAGGUUGACCCCUCCGAGAAGCCUCCUCAGGUUCUGCGUGACUUCUCCGACUUUGAGAUUGCCCAGACUGUCUUCACUUUCUUGUUCGCCUCCCAGGAUGCCACUAGCGCUGCCUCUACCUGGUUGUUCCAGCUGAUGGCCGACCGCCCCGAGAUUCUCGACAAGGUCCGUGAGGAGAACUUGGCUGUUCGCAACGGUGACCGCUCCGUCCCCAUCUCCAUGGAACUCCUCGAGAAGAUGACCUACACCCGCGCCGUCGUCAAGGAGACCCUCCGCUACCGUCCGCCCGUCAUCAUGGUCCCCUACCUGGUCAAGAAGGACUUCCCCAUCACCGAUAAGAUCACCGUCUCCAAGGGCUCUAUGAUCAUUCCCUCCGUCUGGCCCGCCACUCACGACGAGGAGGCCUACCCCAAUGCUGACUCCUUCGAGCCCGAGCGCUGGAUCACCGGUGAUGCCGAGCAGCAGACCAAGAACUGGUUGGUCUUCGGCACUGGUCCCCACUACUGCCUGGGUCAGACCUAUGCUCAGCUGUCUCUGAUGGCCAUGAUUGGCAAGGCCAGUAUGGAGAUGGACUGGGAGCACACCACCACUGCCCAGUCUGAGGACAUCAAGGUUUUCGCCACCAUCUUCCCCCAGGACGACUGCCUGCUCACCUUCCGCCCCCGCGCUUAA